AGAACACGAACUGUUAUCGUGCUCGCAACAACCGUUCACAAUGGCGGAGGAGGAACCUGUUCUCAUCACUGAACCCUCUUCCCCUAAAACCCUAGACCCAAUCCACGCUCACGGUUCCACCACCGAAUCGCACCAAUCGCCUCCGCAAGAUGCUCUAUCCAAUCAACCAAACGACGACGUCGCUCCGACCGAGAAGCGAAAACGAGACGACGGCGACGGUGACGGUGACGGUGACGGUGAGCGUAAGGUUCACCCGCUGUGGAAGACUAGCCUGUGCUCUUACUUCAGGAGCCAUAACGGCUCCUGCAGCCACGGCACUACCUGCCGCUUUGCGCACAGCGAGGAGGAGCUCCGCCUUCGUCCUGACAACACGUGGGAUCCGACGUCCGAGCGGGCGAAGAAGGCACAGAAGUCUGAGACUGGUGAGAAACGCGACGUUGCGGAUCGCGUGAUGAUGACUGAGGCCGUGGAUGAUGACGACGAGGACGGCGGCGAUGACGCGCUCAGAAAAUGCUUGGUGCACUUGCCGAGGAAGUGGAGCUCUGAGAAUUUCAGGAAGUUUCUCAACGAUGAGGGUGUGCCGUUUAAGUAUGCGAAGAAAAAGACUGGUAUGAUGAUCGGUUUCGUUACUUUCGAAGAUGAAGAGCAAAUGAAGAGUUCCUCAAAGGAGUUAGACGGAAAAUCUUGUGGCGCGAAAAGCUUAGAGGUUGCUGAUGUGAUUCGUCGAUCAUCUGAGAAGAAGAAUAUUGGUGUUCCUGCAUUAAAUAAGGAGAAUUCAGAAAAUGGGACAUCGGAUGCUGAAAUGAAUGAUGAUGUUGUGGCAGUUGAUGGUUCCUCAAAGAAGAGAACCGUGCGUGAUGUGGUGACUCCUCUUGCUGAUGUGCCCUAUGCUGAUCAGUUGGAGCAGAAAAAAAGCUCUCUCAUGCAGAUUCUGAAAAAACUGACUAGGAAUGUGCGCAAAGCUAUUCCAACUGGUGUUCCUCGUCCUGAGUGGAUUCUCAAGUCUAGCGAAAUAGGUGGUUUACCAUGCAAACUAGAGGGUAUUAUUGCAUCACCAAUUGUAAAUGGAUAUCGAAAUAAAUGUGAAUUUUCAGUUGGAUAUUCUCUGGAAGGCAAAGUGACAGUGGGCUUCAUGCUUGGAAACUUCAGGGAGGGUGUAACAGCAGUUGAGGAAGCAGUGGACUGCCCAAAUGUUUCUACCAUAGCUCGCAAAUAUGCUACUAUCUUUCAGGAAUUUCUGCAGCAUACUGAUUUACCAGUUUGGAACAGAUUCAAAAAUACUGGCUUUUGGCGUCAAUUGACGGUUCGAGAAGGGAGGGCAAAUGCGAAUGUUGGGGAUGCUGAAACUUUUGAUGGUAUUGCAGAGGUCAUGCUUAUGGUGCAGGUUUCUACUGCAAACUUUGAUGAUGCACAAGUAGCUGCUGAAUUUAAGAGGCUUGCUCAGGAAUUUGUAGCAGGAGCUAAUUUGCAUUGUCCAGUGUUGCCCCUUUCGGCUCUGGUUAUUCAGGAUCACGUAGGAAUAUCCAAUGUAGCUCCAGCUGAUGCACCACUGCGUUAUCUUCCCAUUUCUAAAGCAGCCGGUGAUACUGAGAUGGAUGCAAACAAUAAUGCCAUGGAUGUUAGAAUCCAUGAUUAUAUCAACAAUCUCCGGUUCUCAAUAUCUCCGACAGCAUUUUUUCAGGUCAACAGUCUUGCCGCUGAGAAGUUAUACUCACUUGCUGGAGAUUGGGCAUGCUUAGGUCCCGAUACAUUGCUAUUUGAUAUAUGCUGUGGGACAGGAACAAUUGGCCUUACGUUAGCACACCGAGUUGGUAUGGUGAUUGGAAUUGAAAUGAAUGCAUCUGCCAUAUCUGAUGCUCAUAGGAAUGCUGAGAUUAAUGGCAUAAAAAACUUUAGAUUUAUAUGUUCAAAGGCAGAGGACGUGAUGGGAUCUCUAUUAAGGGAGUACAUAAAUGUGCCCAAGGAACAAGUUGAUGAUCCCAGUAUCUCUGAAAAUGACAAUGACAUUCCUGAGGAAAUUGCUUGCCCAGAGCCUGAAAAGGGUGAAUUGGCAUCUGAUUGUCCGGAAAAUAACAGUUCAGAAGCUGUAAGUGAGGUUCAGAAGGGUAGCACUUCAGAAGGGUACAUAAAUGUGCCCAAGGAACAAGUUGAUGAUCCCAGUAUCUCUGGAAAUGGCAAUGACAUUCCUGAGGAAAUUGCUUGCCCAGAGCCUGAAAAGGGUGAAGCGGCAUCUGAUUGUCCGGAAAAUAACAGUUCAAAAGCUGGAAGUGAGGUUCAGAAGGGUAGCACUUCUGAAAAUGGAAAUACUUCCAGGAAACAGUUUAAAAAUGUUGUUGCUAUUGUUGAUCCACCACGUGCUGGACUGCAUCCAACUGUGAUUAAAGCUUUGAGGACUCAUCCAGGCCUGCGGAGGCUUGUUUACAUAUCCUGUAAUCCUGAAACUUUGGUGGCAAAUGCUAUUGAGCUUUGCACGCCUUCCCCUGCAACUAAUGAGAAAGUAAAAAAAGACAAUAGAGGAUGGAGAAACAGGAGCAUGGCAGGUCUAGCACGGCAUCGAGCCAAGUCCAUGCCCAUCUCAGAGGCCUUCCAACCAGUAAAAGCUAUGGCCGUUGAUCUUUUUCCACACACUCCACACUGUGAACUGGUUAUGCUUCUUGAGAGGUAGGUGGGUCAGAGUCUUUGUUAAAGUUUAUUUUAUUUGAGUCUCUCAAAUUCACUUUCCCUAACAUCUUUUUUGGCUGCAUUGUAAGCAGUGGAUGUUAGUGCUUUUUUAUUUAUAUCUUCCUUACUGUGAACUAAUGUUUGACGAUGACUUUCAAUAUCCAGCCGUGAUAUAAUUUUUUUUUUGCUGCA